AUGCGUCGGGGUUCUACAGAGGAAACGCCUAUAUCUGUUUCCUAUCUCUCUCUCUCUUCCCCACUUAGAUACGGUUUCCCCGACCUCAGUCUCCGCCGCCGUCCGCCGCCGAGGGGUCAAGUUUCGCCUUGCAAUUCGGUGGGGGAGGAGGGGGGACCCUGUGUUGUGAUCAUGGCGGGUGUCAACGGCGUGGAGGAAGCGCUGAGGCAGGAACUGGCUGCCAAACAGGCCGCCGUGGACCAGCAGGCCGAUGCCGUCAGGGAGCUCAAGUCCCGCUCCGGUGUCUCUCCAGCGGAGGUCGACGCCGCCGUUGAAGCGCUGAAGGCUCUCAAGGUGGAGCACGGGGGCUUGAUUAAGCAGCUGCAGGCCGCCGUCGGCAGCAGCGCCGAUGGUGGGGUGAGCAAGGAGGAGUUCCGUCAGGCGGUCGUCAACACGCUGGAGAGGAGGUUGUUUUACACGCCUUCAUUCAAGAUCUACGGGGGUGUUGCUGGGCUCUACGACUAUGGCCCCAACGGCUGCGCCAUCAAGACCAACGUCCUGUCCUUCUGGCGCCAGGUGAGCGCCGUUGCCUACCGAAUUACGAGAGUUUCCUGGUGAUUCCACUCGAGUUAAUUUGCUGGUCCAGAUUUCUGAAUUCCUGUUGAUCGGCUUCGUCAUUGGUCUGUUUUCUUUUCUUCUUUAGCAUUUUGUGCUGGAGGAGAACAUGCUGGAGGUGGAUUGCCCCUGCGUCACGCCGGAGGUCGUGCUGCAGGCGUCCGGUCACGUGGACAAGUUCACUGACCUGAUGGUGAAGGAUGAGAAGACGGGAACUUGCCACCGUGCGGAUCACUUGCUCAAGGAUUUCUGCAAGGAGAAGCUCGAGAAGGAUUUGACCUUGCCGCCGGAGAAAGUGGCUGAGCUCAAGCAUGUAAUCGCUGUCUUGGAUGACCUUUCUUCUGAGGAACUCGGUGCUAAAAUCAAGGAGUACGGGAUUACCGCACCGGAUACAAAGAACUCCCUCUCAGAUCCAUAUCCGUUCAACCUCAUGUUUGAGACUUCGAUUGGUCCGACAGGGUUGCUCCAUGGGUGAGAAAGCUCAUUUUGAGUACGACUCUUGUCAUUGUGGCAUUAGCUUAAGUUUUGUUACUAAACGAACACAACUGUGCGUGCGACAGGUACAUGAGACCAGAGACCGCUCAAGGGAUUUUUGUGAACUUUAGAGACCUCUAUUAUUACAAUGGAAACAAACUUCCAUUUGCAGCCGCUCAGAUCGGACAAGCUUUCAGAAAUGAGGUUUGAACAACGUAUUUCCUGCAAAAAGUAUGUGGAUGCUGAUAAAGUUUUUUAGCAUGGUUGAGAAGAAAGAUACCCAGUAGAAUGUGAUAACUGCAGCUCACUUAUUGACGUGACACUCGUACAAGCCGAUCUUUUCUAUUUUUACACAUUAGUCUUUGCCACUUUUUUUCUGAUUCAUGCGAUUGUGGAUAAAAAUAUCUUCUGAUCAUAAUACUUUUUUAAAAAAUUCGAAACUAUUAUUUGUAGUGGAUUAAAGAAUGAAUUUGCAUCUUCGUCUUUUCUGUGUCGUCUGUGUUUUAGCAGUACAAUGCUGUAUUAUUUUAUAGUUUUCAAAAUAUUAGGAAUAUUAGUUAAUAUAUUGCUUCCAAAUUAUGAAGGUAAUAACGGGUUGAGUAAUCAGUCAUAAGUUCUGAUUACAUGUUAUAUGACAGAUUCACCCGUUAACCUUUAUCGAAUUGCCCGUUAAGCAAUCAGUCAUAAGUUUUGAUUACACGUUUUUUGUACGAAUUCAUUCUUGCUUUCAAUUUUCUCAGAAAUUCUUCAAGUCAUCAUCAAUUUUCUCAGAAGGGUGGCCUGCAGUAAGAGAUAUUUCACUUGCUUAUGAUAGAAUGGGGAUAACAACCAUGAAUCAGCAUGAGUUUUUCUUUUUUUUAUAAAGAAGGCUACAGUCAGAUGUUUCUCUUGCUGUAAUCGGACUUGCUCAAUUCUUUCACUUCUCGUUCCAUGUUGUAUUCCCAUUAGACACAUGAUAUUUUAGUAUGCUUCAGAACUCGUGUGCAUCCUGUACUCGAUUAUCAAAUUAACUGUGAAGGUUCUGUCUGUAGCUCACUUUCUAUUUUGUUUGAAUUGGGAACAGAUAUCUCCUCGACAAGGGCUUCUUAGAGUCCGUGAGUUCACUCUUGCUGAGGUCGAGCAUUUUGUUGAUCCUCAAGACAAGUCACAUCCAAAAUUUUCAGAGGUGGCACAAUUGGAGUUUCUUAUGUUUCCGAAGGAGGAUCAACUGACAGGACAGUCAGCCAAGAUAAUGGCCCUCGGUAAAGCAGUUUCUCAGGUAGGCUCAUCUAGAGUUCCCUUUAUCUUUUAUGCCUAAUAAUGCGUAUAUAUAGGUAUGUAAGCUUCUUCUUAAUAUUUUUUUUUCUGCUUUUUCAUCAUCAUAUUUUGUUUCAGGGGACUGUGAACAAUGAGACACUUGGAUACUUUAUUGGGAGGGUGUUUCUAUUCCUGACACAGCUUGGAAUCCACAAGGAUAGGUUACGGUUCCGGCAGCAUCUGCCCAAUGAGAUGGCUCACUAUGCUGCAGAUUGUUGGGAUGCCGAGAUAGAAUGUUCCUUUGGCUGGAUUGAGUGUGUGGGAAUUGCCGAUCGAUCUGCUUAUGAUCUACGUGCUCACACAGUAAGCAGACAUUUGCAUUGUGAAAUUGUGUUUUCUGGAUUGGGUUCUUGCUUUAUCCUCCAAACAUUAAUUGAAUAAUGGAGGCCGUAUGACUGGGUUGUUGAAUGAUGUUGGUAUACUCAUCGUCCUACUUGUAGAAGAUUAAAAUAAAUGAUAUAAAAGUGUUUUUUUUAUAGUUUAAGCUUUACAUUUUGUCAAUGAGGCUGUAUUUCUCGUUCCCUUGAUGGAUAUCGUGCUUUCGAUGGAUAAGUAUUUACGAUUACUUUUGCCUACAGGAGAAAAGCGGUAUCAAUCUGGUUGCACAUGAAAAAUUUUCGGAGCCUAGGGAGGUGGAGGUAGGCUAAUUUUUUUCUUUUUAGUGAUGCCCUUUUCUAUUUUUUUCUCAAAUAAAUUCUUUGAUACACUGCAACUUUGAUGGAUUAAUAGUCAUUCAAUUAUCUCAUGUUGCCAUCACAUUCAGUACUUAGUGACAACAGAUGCCUCUGGUUCACAUCUUUCAUUUAUGUUCUGUUAACUGGUAUAUAAUCGAAAUUGUCAACUGAUGGCUCUUGCUAAUCUUCAGAAGCUGGUUAUCACCCCGUCAAAGAAGGAGUUGGGCCUUGCAUUCAAGGCCAACCAGAAGAUGGUAGUUCAAGCACUGGAGGUCAGUUCACAACUUUAUGAACUCUAGAGGGUCAUAGCGCCACAUUCAUUUGAUCUGAAAAAAGAAGAGACCUAAACGAAAGUUAAGAAAAAAAUUGGAUGAGAUCUCCUCUUGCACUUCCAAACCAUGCUGUGGUUGAAGCCGUGAGAGAGAUAAAGAUGAUGAUCCAUAGUCUACUUCCUUCUGUACCAUGAACAGGCCAUGAAAGAAGCUGAGGCGCUGGAGAUGAAAGCUGCCUUAGAAUCCAAGGGAGAGGUGGAAUUCCAGGUCUGCACUCUGGGGAAAGCCGUCACCAUCAAUAAGAACAUGGUCUCGGUUAAUAUUGAGAAGAAGAAGGAACACCAGAGAGAGUUCACGCCUUCAGUGAUUGAACCGUCCUUUGGCAUCGGAAGAAUAAUCUAUUGUCUGUACGAGCAUUCCUUCUACACACGGUCGAGCAAGACUGAAAACGAGCAGCUGAACGUGUUCAGCUUCUCUCCUCUUGUGGCACCCAAGAAGUGCACCGUCCUCCCCCUCGUCAAGAACGAUGCAUUCGAUGGAGUGGCCAAGACCAUAUCAAGAUCCCUAACCAGAGCUGGAAUCUCAAACAUCAUAGACAUUACAGGUUUACCCACAAACUUUUUUUUUUUCUUUUCGGAUCGAAUUCAGAUUAUUGUUCUUGUUAGAAUAAUAUCACAGUUUCGAAGCACAUAAACCGUGAUUUAAUAUGCAUGAAUCUUUAAAUCAUCAAUGAUCUUCUCUGGAUGGGUUUACUCCAUUCGGCAAUGAUAAUUUAACAUACAUCAAUAAUCUUUUCUUGAUGAUAUAUGGAUGGAUGACCGCAUUUUUUUUCUUUUCUUCAUGGAAUCAAGCUCAUAUAUAAUUUCCCUCUUUUGACAAUGAUUUACGUCAAGGAAGGCUGAGGAACGGCUGAGAGUUUUUCUGCUGCAGGUACCUCGAUUGGGAAACGUUAUGCGAGAACUGAUGAAAUUGGGGUCCCGUUUGCUGUCACUGUGGACUCCACCACGUCUGUGACCGUCAGGGAGAGGGACAGCAGGCAGCAGAUCCGGGUCAACCUCGAUGAGGUGUCAUCAUUGGUGAAGGAUCUGACCGAUGGGCUGACCACCUGGGCCGACGUCAUGUGGAAGUAUCCAGCUCACACCGCCACGUCAGCUGAGGAUUAG